UCUAUUUAUCCAGCAAUGUCACUGUGGCUGUUUUCUUCUUCUCUUUAUAAAGAACCCUCAUCGGAAACUGAAAAGAGGACGCGCUCUUUGGAAUAUUUCGUUUUCAUUCAUCUUACGGUCGAGAGAGGAAAGAGAGAGACAUUGGCUUUUCUCCAGAUAAAUCAGAGAAUCAAGCGCCAAAGUAGAGCACCCAAAACUGAGCUAACGGUGACGAGUUUCUCCAUUCAAUCCACCAUCGUGUCCCGCUAUGCCUCUACCAGGGUGCAAACAACCAUGACCAACCCUCACUCAGAAGCCAAGGAGGCUAUCUUUGAUCUUGACCUGCCCAGUUUAGCCUUCAUCUCCAAUUUUACUAUGACCAUCAACAAUAAAGUUUAUGUUGCUGAGGUUAAAGAAAAACACCAGGCUAAGAAAAUAUAUGAUGAAGCCCGGCGACAGGGAAAAACAGCUGCUCACGUUGGCGUCAAAGACCGGGAGACAGAGAAGUUCCGUGUUUCAACCAGCGUAGAAGCUGGAGGGACUGUAACUUUCACGUUGUCCUACGAGGAGCUCCUCCAGCGGCAUUUGGGAAAGUACCAGCAUGCAGUCAGCGUGCGCCCUCAGCAGGUGGUGAAGAACCUCAGUGUCGAGGUGACAAUCUCAGAAAGAACUGGCAUCGAUUACAUUCAUGUCCUGCCUCUCCGCACCAGCCGGCUGCUAACCAACACGCUCAGAGGUGAAGCUGACAUACCUCCAUCCACCAAAAUUGAGAAAGGAGAAAAGUGUGCCAGGAUCAUCUUCACUCCGACGCCGCAAGAACAAGCUGCUUAUUCUAGCUCAGGCAUCAUGGGUGACUUUGUGGUCCAGUAUGAUGUGUCGAUGAAGGAUAUUAUUGGAGAUGUACAGAUCUACAACGGCUAUUUUGUUCAUUACUUUGCCCCCAGAGGUCUCCCACCUGUGCAGAAAAAUGUUGUCUUCGUCAUUGAUGUUAGUGGCUCAAUGUUUGGUACAAAGAUGAAACAGACCAAAAAGGCUAUGCAUGUCAUCCUCAAUGACCUUCACCACGACGACUAUUUCAAUAUCGUGACAUUCUCAGAUGCCGUUAACGUCUGGAAAGCCAGCGGGUCCAUUCAAGCCACACCUCCGAAUAUCAAGAGCGCCAAAGUUUAUGUUAACAAAAUGGAAGCUGAUGGAUGGACAGAUAUUAACGCAGCCUUACUGGUAGCUGCUUCGGUGUUUAACCAGAGCACUGGCGAGACGGGCCGAGGCAAAGGUCUGAAGAAAAUCCCCCUGAUCAUCUUCCUGACAGACGGGGAGGCCACAGCCGGGGUGACGGUAGCCAGUCGGAUCCUCUCCAACGCCAAGCAGUCCUUGAAGGGCAACAUCUCCCUCUUCGGCCUGGCAUUCGGGGACGAUGCCGACUACCAUCUGAUGCGCCGCCUGUCCCUGGAGAACCGGGGGGUGGCCCGGAGGAUCUACGAGGACGCCGAUGCUACCCUGCAGCUGAAAGGCUUCUACGAUGAGAUCGCCAGCCCCCUGCUCUAUGACAUUGAGCUGACCUAUCUGGAUAGCUCUGUUCAAGAUGUGACCCAGAACCUUUUCCCCAACUAUUUCGGUGGCUCAGAGCUGGUUGUUGCCGGGAAGGUGAAACCGGGGGUCCGGGAUCUGCACGUGCAGAUGACGGCCCAGAACUACAAGGAACAGGUCGUCGUCGGGAAUGACAUCACCACCAACUCCACAGAAGCGGCUUUCGGCUGCGCAGAGGACCUAAGCCAAAUUGAGCGUUUUGUCCAACGCCUCUGGGCGUAUUUCACCAUCCAGGACCUGCUGCAAGCCCGUUUCAAGGCCAACGACACGGCCAAUCGUCGGCUCCUGAGCGAGAAGGCCACCAAUCUGUCCCUCAAGUAUAACUUUGUGACCCCUGUGACUUCACUCGUUGUGGUGAGGCCAGAGGAAGACGAGGGAAAACCCCAGGCGACACCUGCUUCAGGAGGAACUACAACAUCACUUCCUUUAACAGGGACAGUGCCCAGGAGUCAGGCAGGCUCCAGAUCCAGCUCGGCCACCUCAGCCACAGUACCAACGACCAGGCCAACCUCCUCCCCAGCGUUCACCGGACCAGCUCUCGAGGGAACCAAGAAAGAUCCUUCAUCAGCUGGUCUCUCUUCUGUAACCAAAGCAGCAAACCCCAAAGGGACCGCCCCAUCACGCGAACAUCCUCGAACCCCGGCUCCCCACAUUCCUGGGGCUUCUCUACUGAACAAUACUCGACCCUCUGCACGCCACAGUCCUCGGACCCCAAGUCACCAUAAUCCUGGGGUCUCUCUACUCAACAGGACUCAAGCCACAGCUCGCCCCAAUCCUGGCCCCUCUGUCCUCAACAAUCCUCGAACUCCAGCUCCGCACAAUCCUGCAGCUUCUGUUCUGAACACUACGCGAACCCCUGCUCGCCACAAUCCUCGUACCCCAAGUCACCAUAAUCCUGGAGUCUCUAUAUUCAACGGCAGUCAAGUUCCAGUGCGCCACAGUUCUGGGGCCUCGGUGCUCAAUAAUACCCAAGCCCCAGGUCAUCUCAAUCCCCAGACUCCUGCUCCGCUCCAUCCCGGCACCCCUGCCCUCCACAGUUUUGUGACCCCAACUCGUCACAACCCUGAGACACCGACACACCAUCUCCCCGGGUCAAUGGGCCACCACAAUCCCAGGACAACAGCAGCACACCAAACUCCUAGCCCAAGAAUAAAUACAGCAAAUAACCCAGUGAUUCCUGGCCUGGUGACUUCCUUAAUCCUGGGAAAACCCACUCGCCUACCCAACAACCCAACAAUAGCAUCUCCAUCUAUGGCAACUAGAUCUGAGCCCCGGCACCACUUGCCUUCACAACCCACUGCAAACCAUCCCUCAGUCACUGUCCUACCUGUUGGCGAUGCUCAGCCAUCAUCCUUCUCUCCAAGCACAGCGACCUCUGCGAUCGCUUCUGGAAGCUCUCUGACCCAUCCUAGUAUAGUAGCUCAUCCUGGAGUUCAUCUCCAUAAUAGCUCAGGGCCUCCCACCCUGGCCCCCAAUUCAACCAGCCAGGCAACAACGGAAUCAGACAACACCCCCGAGGAUCUGAGCCCUGUGGGUUCCCCUGCACCUUCUGGGGCUGCUGGCGCCAUCAGCCUCCUAAUUCUUCCCAAAGAGUCAGAACUACUGUCUGCCACAGAUGUGGAGGCCAAGUUUGUGGAGUCCUUAAACACUCCAGCGGUAUAUAGUUUUUUGACAACAGAUGGCGAAGAAAUUCAGGAUUAUGAUUACUCAGACUUCCUUGGCACUUCCUACAAGUCUCCGAGCAUUUUCACCUUUUCCUCUUCUGUGGAUGGAGACCCCCAUUUUGUAGUCAAGCUCCCUCACUCCCAAGAGAGCUUCUGCUUCACUCUGGACGGGCGCCCAGGUGACAUCCUUCGGCUCGUAGGUGACGCCACUGCUGGACUGCGAGUCAAUGGGCACCUAGUGGGCGCCCCUCCCAAGGUGGGCCACGAAGACAGAUCCCGCACCUACUUCGACAUGAUCUCCGUUGUCGUCCAAUACCCCCGGGUGAGCUACGCCCUCAACAUCACCCGAGACUCAAUCAGCCUGAAAGGAGAAGACUCUCUGGUCAUCCCCUGGAGCCGGCCAGCUUUCAUCCAGAAGCCACGGCUGGCCCUGAAGGUGUCACCGUCAGCCAACGUCACCCUCUGGAUUGGCACGGACAUUGAGUUCUUGAUUCUUCUCCAUCGCUACAGCCAUCCGACCUACCUGCAGCUCACCCAUCUAGGUUUCUACAUUGUGAAUGGGAAAGGCCUGUCUUCCUCAGCACAAGGCCUCUUGGGACAGUUCCAGCACGCUGACAUCCAGGUCAACCGAGAGCAAGGCACCAGGGCUCAGACGGGAGUCCUGAGGAGCGAGGCUGCGACGUUGCCAGUGGUCUGGGUGGAGAAGCUCUUAAAGGACUCGGCUCUUCAACCCCACAAGACCCACUGCUGGCUGGUGAAACGCAGGGAUGUCGAGGCCCUGCUUGACGGAGGAUACAGCUCCUACCUCGUCUCUCAUCUAGCGGACGUGUGAAUGAAUCGCCCAGGAACCACGCCGGACGAUCCAGCCACUCGCUUCAGUUUGUGACGCCUCGCCGAGAACUCGCAGUCCGAUGAACCUGGGCCAGAAAGUAACCUGAACUGCCUCUCCCACGGCACCUCCCCACCCGAGCAAGAGGAACAAGCCUCUCCCUGCGCUCCGCAGAGCAUCGUGGUCUCGAGGGACUCUAGUCGUCAUUCCCAAGCUACUAGAGAAGGCCUGAAUCGCUUCUAUAGAAUGAGAUUCUCCUCUCCCCUAGCCGCCCACCCCCAAUCUGCAGUGAACAGUAUUUAGCAUUUGCAGAGCAAUGCAUUCAGCGCUAUAGCAGAGUAUGAAAAAGGAAGACCAAGAAACGGGUCCCUGGCCCUCAGAGAGAAUUUACAAUCUAGUGGGAGAGAAUGAACAAAAUACCGAUAGAAAACACAAACACAAAUGACCGCAAUUAAGUGAUCCAUACAAAAGUAUCCAAACAACGGAAGCAUGUGAACAUAAUUAACAGAGAUCAGUACCGUAAGGUUAUUGGAAUUUCAAGGAGACGGUGAGUUUUGAAAAAGGGAAGGGAUGUGAUUUGGCAAAGAAGAGAAAGGUUAUGCUAGGGGGUUGGGGGGCCUUAGAUUGUGUUCAAAGGCUUGGAGGAAGGAGAGUGACAUUUGUUUUCGGAGCUGGAGUUGUGUAAAUUCUGUAUCUAGAAUCUAAUGUACCCAUAAUUUGUAAAAAAAAAAAAAAAUGUGAAUCCUCUAACCUUCAUAUGUAAAAGGCCUCCAUAGAGGUCACUAGGAAUUGCCUAGCCAAGA